AUGCCUCUUAUCAUACGUGAUGGUACUGAUUUAAUAGGUAUCCAAAGGCCCCACGAAAUAAAAUACAUUAAACACUUACGAAUGUUCAUGCUGUUUAUGGGCGGAUGGCCAGGGAAACUGUUUGGAGAACCGGAGAGGUUCAGGAUAUUCUAUCGAUGUUACAACAUCGUGAUGAGCACCAGCCUUUUCAUCGCGGGCUGCCUUUACGUGAGAAACAACAUGGGUGUACUGUCCUUCGUCAAAAUUGGCCAGACUUGUAUCACGACGUUGAUGAAUAUCAUUUGCAUGGCUAGAUUUGCUUCGGUAUUCUCAAAACGAUUUGACCAAAUCAUUGUGGAUUUUCUCACGGAGAUUCAUCUGUUUAACCACAGACACAAAUCAGAAUAUUCUGGAAAGAUGAACUUGUACGUACACAAUUUGAGCAAAUCAUUCACUAUAUAUUCCGUGGCGAUGACGUUGACAACAGCUUCAAUCUUCAACAUUUCUCCUUUCAUAACUAACCUAUCUAACGGCGGGUUUGGUCGGGACGUUCCGGCGAACAUCACUUAUGAGCACUCAAUCAAUUACGUCUUACCUUUUGACCACGAACACAAUUUUAAAGGUUUUAUAAUUGUCUUCUUUUGGAACUUGUAUAUCACGUUCGCUUCAGCGGAAAUGUUCGUUUUCUACGAUUUGUUGAUCGCUCUCUUGGUUUUCCACUUAUGGGGACACUUGAAGAUAUUAACUUACAACUUAGAGAAUUUUCCGAAGCCUGGUUUUAAAGGUCAGAGCUCAAGUUGCACUCCGCUGCGUUAUUCCGAUGAGGAGUCUUUGGAAGUGGCAGAAAUGUUGAAAGGAAUUAUUGAUCAUCAUAACUUUAUUCUCAAACAUUCCAGAAACAUUUCGGAAGUGUUUGGCUUAAACAUUGCUGUGUACUACACGUUUUUCCAAGUAAGCGGGUGUCUGUUCCUUCUGGAAUGCUCUACAAUGGAUCCUAAAGCGGUUAUACACUUUGGUCCACUAACAAUCGGAUUAAUAGCUCUGUUGGUGCAGAUGUCUAUGAUAUUUGAGCUACUGAGUGCAAUGACAGAUCACGUAAUUCGGGGCGCGUACAAUGUCCCCUGGGAAUGCAUGGACGUCAAAGACAGGAAGAUGGUGCUGAUGCUGCUCAGACAGGCGCAGAUUCCCUUGGGGUUGAAAGCCCUGGGGGUGGUGGAGGUGGGGGUCCGCACAAUGGCCGCGAUAAUGAAAACUAGCCUUUCUUACUUCAUGAUGUUAAGAACUUUUGCUUCUAAUGAAUAGAAUAUUAACACGUCAUAUUCACUUAUCUUUUGCACAAGAAUGUUUAACACCGUUUAUCUUAUUAAAAAACUGCCCUGCAGCUGUGCCCGCGACUUCUUCCGCGUGGAAUAGUUAUUUUGGGCAUCAUUGAACUACUCAAGGAUGAAUAAUUCUCCCCGUUCUUUUUCACAUUUUCCAUUAUUUCCUUGCUCCUUAUAGUUGCAGCGUGAUGUUAUAUAGCCUAAAGCCUUCCUCGAUAAAUGGUAUAUUCAACGCAAAAAGAAUUUUCAACUCGAACCAGUAGUUCCUGAGAUUAGCGCGUUCAAACAAACUAACAAACAAACUCUUCAGCUUUAUAAUAUUAGUAUAGACUAGGUUUUAGCACGCCGCUUCGCCAGAAUGAAUUUAGAGCUAUCUACAAAAAAGCGACGAAUUCAACGCCAUCUGCAAAGAAAAAAAGUGACGGAAUUAGCACCAAAAAACAAGCAACGAAUUUUUCACGCCUCAACAAAAAGCGACGUACUUAGCGCCUCCUACGAAAGUAUAC